AAGAAGAGGAGAAAGAAGAAGAGAAGGAGGAGGACGCAAUGGUGCCAGCUGUCACCGUCAAAAAGAAACGCAGGACCAACGGCGUGGCAGCCAUCGCAGAAAGUGAGCCUCACACUAUGGAAAGCCAAAGAGGAGCUGAAGAUGCUGCAUCCUCCUCUCAGCCUGACCCGCAGCCUUCAGCGCAGGGGGACGCGGACGACGCCUGGAGCACGCUCCGCUGUUCUAUCUGCGGGAACGUCUUCGCUACUGCGAGGGGCCUGGCGUGCCACCUCCACGUCCACACUGCCAAGAAGCCCUUCCGGUGCUCCGAGUGCGGCAAAGUUUUUAAAGCUAAGCAUCGACUCAAAACACACAGUUAUAUUCACACCGGCGAGAAGCCGUUCGGCUGCGACGUGUGCGGCCGCCACUUCAACAUGCCGCGAAACCUAAAACGCCACGCCCUCAUGCACAGCGGCGAGAAGCCCUUCGUCUGCGGCGAGUGCGGGAAAGGAUUCACGCGCGCCAUAACGCUCAAAACGCACCAGUUCACCCACACCGGCGAGAGGCCCUUCCAGUGCGAGCACUGCCCCAAGUCGUACCGGAACGUCAUCAGCCUGCGGAACCACCAGAUGGUCCACAGCGGCGUGCGGCCCUUCGUCUGCGAAGUCUGCGGGAAGACGUUCCAGCUUGCAGGGCAGCUGAAGAUCCACAGCCGCAUCCACAUGGACAAGCUGCCCGAAGCAGAGCGGCUCGCCGCCGAGCAGGUCGACCCCGUGCAGCCCUUCAGCUGCCCCGAAUGCGGGAAGUGCUUCCGCCUAUUGGGGAACCUGAAGAUCCACCGCCGCAUCCACACAGGCGAGCGGCCCUACUGCUGUGCCGAGUGCGGGAAGACGUUCACCCAGAGGAGCGCCUUAAACACUCACAGCCACACGCACUCCAAGAAGCGGGCGCCGGACCGGCCGUGCGCCUGCAGCUCCUGCGGCAAGACCUUCAAAAGCAGCUACAGCCUGAGGGUGCACAAGCGCGUGCACGCCCGGGAAAAGCCGUACGCCUGCGACAUCUGCGGGAAGAGCUACGACCGCGCCGUCAACCUGCGCACGCACCAGAAGGACGUGCACUCCGGCACCAAGCGCUACAUCUGCGACCGCUGCGGCAAAGGAUACAUCUACCAGUGCAACCUGAAGAUGCACAAGUGUGGCUUCGACUGGACGCACGGAGACCGAUCUGUUGCCGUGGAGACGGCUCCGCCCACAUCAGCAGCGAUGUACAGGGGGCGGAGUAAGCGCUCCUCGCUCUGUGAUUCUCCACUGAGGAAGACGUCCAGCAGUCUGCAGGUACGAAAAAACACGAACCGAGCCGAACUCGGUCCUGUUCUGUGGCUGAGUCCGAGGGUUCGGCUUUCCCGGCAGCAGAACCACGGGCCGGUUCUGACUGGUGAACCCAGAGCGAUGUCCCUGCUGAACCCUCUGAGGAGGAUCCUGUGUACCAGACCGCAGGUUCUGGCUCUGACCCGCUUCAGCUCCAGCUAUGUGUCCAGGAUGAGAUUCCUGAACCGGCUGAAGCAGGACGACGAGGCGUGUGCGGCGGCGCUGCAGGACGGCCAGCUGGUUCUGUUCCACCGCCUGCAGCCUCUGCUGCAGCGCGGACCCACCGGAACCUUCAGGCCCGUCACCCUCACCUGCUCAGGAGUCCAAACGCUCCUCCAGAACUUUGGUUCUGAUGGACCUCUGCUGGAGGAUUCGAUUCUGAUUGGCUGCAGCGACCAGAACCAGGCUCAGUUCUGCCUGGAUGUUGGACAUCUGGACCAGGCGGCAGUGGCUGAAUUCUGUGCGGGAACCUUCAUAGAUCUGAGGAAAUCCUUCUUUCUUCUACCGGGUCCUGCGGCCCGGCUGGUGGCGAAGGCUCAAGCUCUGCUGCGCUGGCAUCAGACCAACGGGUUCUGCAGCGCCACGGGCCAGCCCACUCACCGGAACCGGGCCGGCAGCCAGAGGGUCAGCAGCAGCAGCAGCUCCAUGAUCUACUACCCAAAGAUGUCUCCCGUGGUCAUUGUGCUGCUGUCGGACGGGAGCCGCUGCCUGCUGGGCCGGCAGGCGUCCUUCCCUCGCGGGAUGUACAGCGCGCUCGCCGGCUUCUGCGACAUGGGUGAGACUCUGGAGGAGGCGCUGCACAGGGAGGUGGCAGAGGAGGUGGGCUUGGAGGUCCAGGACGUCUCCUACAGCUCCUCGCAGCACUGGCCGUUCCCUCACAGCUCCUUCAUGGUGGGCUGCCACGCCACCGUCAGCCCCGCCCACACCCAGCUGAACGUGGACCGCUCGGAGCUGGAGGACGCGCGCUGGUUCACGCUGGAGGAGAUCAGCGGCGCCCUGCAGGCGGGGGUCCCGUCCAGAGGAGGCCCGCCCCCAGAUGUGUGGCUCCCCCCCAAACACGCCGUCGCACACCACCUCAUUACAGAGUGGAGAGACCGCCAGCGCCGCCUGCAGGCCUCAGAAUGCUCCGCGGGGAGAGCGCGAGCUUCAGUCGGUGCUCCUCAGCCUGCAGCCCGGCCCGGAGGCCGCUCCGCCCGCAGGAUGACCCCCGCCGCCGCCGUGCAGACCCGGCUGGCCGCCGUCAUGGAGUCUCUGGUCCACGCCGCCGUGGCGGAGCUGAAGAAGCUGCUGGACGACAGACGGGCUCCCGGAGAGGAGAGCCGGGAGGAGACGGUGCAGUUCGCUUUGGUCAUGGAGACUCUGGGGAACGAGGCUCUGGGGAAGAUCUUGAAUGUCGUCCAGGAGGCGGGGCUUCUUCAGGCGCAGAAGAGCGGCAGGAAGCCGCGGAUCAGCGUACUCAACAUCCUCAACAACACGCAUGUGGACCUUGAACACUCGUACGGGGUUCGGCAUCAAACCGACGAUGUGGGACGACCAUCUAAGGUGGAGGAGAACGAGGAGGAGGAGGAAGAGGAGGAAAAGAUGGAGGCGCCGUUUGUGCCGGCGGUCACCGUCAAAGACAAACACGGGACCAUCGACCUGGCAGCCAUUGCAAAAAGAGCUCAAGUCGAAGCCUCAUCUUCACCUCAGCCGGACUCCAGCGCCCUCUGCUGCUCGGCUUGUGGCAAAAGCUUCUCCACUCAGAGCACCCUGAAGUCCCACUUCCUCAUCCACACCGGCGAGAAGCCGUUCGUCUGCAGCGUCUGCGGCCGCGCCUUCCGCCAGCGGCACACCAUGCAGAGCCACAUGUGCACGCACACCGGCGAGCGGCCCUUCCAGUGCUCCGAGUGCGGCAAGCGCUUCUACAAGAAGUCGCGCCUCAAGAUGCACGCCAUCAUCCACACCGGCGAGAAGCCCUUCAUGUGCAGCGAGUGCGGCAAAAGCUUCAGCCUGCUGCAGAACCUGCACCGCCACGCCCUCGUGCACACCGGCGAAAAGCUCUUCAUCUGCGGCGAGUGCGGGAAAGGCUUCACGCGCGCCGUCACGCUGAGAACGCACCAGUUUAUCCACACCGGACAGAAGCCCCUGAAGUGCGAGCAGUGCCCCAAGACGUUCCGGCACACUGUCAACCUGCGGAACCACCAGAGGAUCCACAGCGGCGUGCGGCCCUUCGCCUGCGAGCUCUGCGGGAAGAGCUUCCGGCAGUCGGGGCAGCUGAAGAUCCACCGCCGCGUCCACACCGGCGAGCGGCCCUUCAGCUGCCGCCAGUGCGGGAAGACGUUCACGCAGCAGAGCAGCCUGAUCUCGCACGGCCGCACGCACUCCACGGAGCGGCCGUUCGUCUGCAGCUCCUGCAGCAAGACCUUCAACAACGCCAACAGCCUGAAGCUGCACGUGCGCGUGCACACCGGGGAAAAGCCGUACGCCUGCGACCUCUGCGACAAGAGCUUCAGCCAGGCCAGCCACCUGCGCACGCACCAGCGCCACGUGCACUCCGGCGGCAAGCAGUACAUCUGCGACCGCUGCGGCAAAAGAUACGCCGACCGGCGCAACCUGAAGCUGCACAAGUGCGGCUACUCCUGAACGUGACCGAUCCGUUGCCGUGGAGACGGCUCCGCCCACAUCAGCAGCGAUGAAGUGAAUUUGUCCAGCUGCUGCACUAGAGUCACAUGACCUAUGAUGUCACCGCCUCCCAGAAACGAGACGUUUUCUUCAACUUUGAUGCUGGAAAGACGGAUUCUGAUGAGGUCAGUGAAGGCAUCGUCGAUCUGCAGGAAUGAAACGAUUUCAACGUUUCAAGAACUUGAUUUUUUGUUUUUAGGUUUAUGUUCAUAAACUCUUGAUCCAAAGCAAAGAUGAACAAUAGAAACAGAGAAAUAAAAAAGUAUCUAAAAUAAAAACUGAUGCUGGUGUCA